GACGGCGCUCCUAGGCCCUGUACUUUCGGUUCCGCCCGCGGGCUGUCAGCUCCGACCCCGGCGCAUUUCCGGCCGAGCUCGGACAGUCUUCGGAACGCGAGGCAGUGCGCGCCCACCGACCAUGCCCGCGGGCGUGUCCUGGGCCACCUACCUGAAAAUGUUCGCCGCCAGCCUCUUGGCCAUGUGCGCCGGGGCCGAAGUGGUGCACCGGUACUACCGGCCGGACCUGACAAUACCUGAAAUUCCACCAAAGCCUGGAGAACUCAAAACGGAGCUUUUGGGACUGAAGAAGAGACAACACGAACCUCAAAUUUCUCAGCAAUAGAAACUCCGUGAAUAUUUUAAGUAUUAAAUACAUAUUUUUAAAGUCAAUUGAGUCAAACUGCUAGUCUUUAAACACUGAAUGCAAUGCUAACUGCAGGGGAGGUACUCAGGUGUUAAGUAAUGCACUGAGCCUUAAUUAUGGGCUGCCCAAUGUUUCUUGAAAACUGCCGAAGUCUGUAUCAUCAGCUUUUUGAAUAUGGUUGAAUAGAUAGUCUCGAAUAUCAUGGGAGAAAGAAACCCUUAUGAUUCUGGUUUAUUUCUCUGAGGAAGCUUGACUAUCAUGGCAUAAUGGGAAUUUCUCAAUUAACUAUAAUAAAAGUGCCAUUGGCAAUGAAA